CGUGUCAAAUAGCUCUAGCUGUCAUGACACGAUGCUGCGGCGAGGAAAGCGAGUACUUCUUCCCCGAUGAUUUAUUUGAAAUUUUUCGUUUUAUUUAGGGGCUUUGGAAGGGUGCUUCGGCUUUAUAGAUGCAAAUCAUAUUCAAGGACUUAGAUGAAUGCAAAGAAGAGAUACACUUUGAUAUUUUUGAUCAGUGUGGUGUUCUGCAGUGCCUUCAUUGUUUUCAGAAAAUCAAACCGUGUUUGGCGCCGUUCUACGAGGAGAAAUUCCUGGCACAACAGAGAAAUCCAAGUAGAUCAACAAAGACUAUGUUUCUUAGACGAAGAAGAUGAGUUUAAGCUGCACGAUAAGGUGGGAUUUCGGCAUGAACGUGCAGCGGCGACGCGAACGACAUGUACUAUGGAAACAUGUUUUGAUAGGACAAAAUGUUUGGGUGACUUUAAAGUUUACGUUUAUCCUACUCAACCUGGCGAGAAGAUUUCUCCUCUUUACGGCAAAAUUUUGAAAGUGUUGAAGGAGAGUAUUUUCUAUACUGAUGAUCCGAAAAAGGCUUGUUUAUUUAUACCUUCUGUAGAUACUCUCGACCGCGAUAAUCUCAGCGAGGAUUACGUUCAUGACUUACCUCACAAAAUUGUAUCGUUGCCACACUGGAAUGGGGGCACAAAUCAUAUUAUAUUUAGCCUUUUCUCCGGAACAUGGCCUGAUUACUCUGAAGACCUACGUUUAGAUACUGGGAAAGCAAUACUUGCUAAAGCAUCACUCUCGACGGAUUUUUAUAGACUAGGCUUUGAUGUCAGUUUUCCACUAUUUUUGAAAAGUCAUCCGCCGAAAGGGAACGCUAUUGAUACUCCUUCAAACUGCGCGGUAUUUCCACUAGAUAGAAAGUAUAAACUUGCAUUUAAAGGAAAACGUUAUCUUAGUGGUAUAGGAAGCGAGUCCAGAAACUCAUUUUAUCACAUUCACAAUGGAAAAGACAUUGUGCUGUUAACAACGUGCAAGCAUGGAAAAAAUUGGAGAAAAAACAUGGAUGAACGAUGCGAGAAAGACAACGAAGAAUAUGACAAAUAUGACUAUGAAGAACUUUUGAAAAAUGCGACAUUUUGUUUGGCUCCCCGUGGUAGACGUCUUGGCUCCUAUCGAUUUUUGGAAUCUCUUCAAGCAGGUUGUAUUCCAGUCUUGCUGAGCAAUGGAUGGGAACUGCCAUUUUCUGAGGUUAUUGAUUGGAGCAAAGCAUUGAUUCAAGGGGAUGAACGUCUUUUGACAGAGAUCCCAUCAGUUGUCAGGUCAUAUGGUAAAGAGGAGAUCCUAGCUAUGAAGCAACAAACACUGUUUCUUUGGGAGGCUUAUUUCUCUUCUAUAGAAAAGAUCUUGUUCACCACUUUAGAGGUCAUCCGUAUGCGAUUAUUUCCAAAUAAGGCUGCUCUGAAGCCAUUGUGGAACACUUUUCCUGGGGCUCUUGUCAUGAGGCCUCAGUAUUCUAUGGAUCCAAAAGACUUUCCCUUUUUUUAUAGCAAGCUGGGAAUUGUAGAAGAGAAAUUCACUGCAGUUAUAUACAGCACAACAUCUGUCCUCAAGGACUCUUCAGCUCUCAGCAGGUUAAUCAAGAAUGUUGGAAAAUCCAAGUUCAUUGCCAAGAUUAUAGUUUUGUGGACAGCUGAUGUUCCAUUUGCUCAUAGUAGAAAAUGGCCACAAGUUGGUGUUCCAUUGGUGAUCGUGAGACCGGAAUCUAAGACAGGAAACAGUCGUUUUGUGCCCAGAGCAGUGAUAGAAACAUCUGCAGUUUUGUCCCUAGAUGAGGAUAUCAUAUUAAAUUCUGAUGCGAUUGAUUUUGCCUUUUCAACAUGGAGGACAUUUCCAGAUCGAAUUGUGGGUUUUGCAGCCAGAAGCCAUUACUGGAACAGUGCCAGAUCACAGUGGAGCUAUUCUUCCAUUUUGAGUGAUCAGUUCUCCAUUAUUCUGACCAAUGGAGCUUUCUAUCACAGGUAUUACAAUUAUCUGUACACUCAUAAUCUUCCACCAAGGGUUCAUCGCAUGGUUGAACACCAUGGUACAUGCGAGGAUCUUGCCAUGAAUUUCUUAGUCGCAGACAUCACACGAAAACCACCCAUCAAAGUCUUGGCACAGCAAAAAUUCCAAGACUUGAACAGCGCAAAUACAAGGUAUUCCAAGCUGGUGCAGCUCUUUGAACAGCGGCAGAGAUGUAUGGAGUCUUUAGUUGAUAUUUUUGGUUAUAUGCCGUUGGUCAAGUCAUAUGUUAGAAUGGAUCCUUCACUCCACAAGGAUCCCGUGUCAAAUUUACGCAAACAGUACAGGCUGUUGGAAUAAUAAUCACUAACAUGGGAAAUUCACAUAAAUUUGCCCUGCUAGUAAAGAUGGUUUCUAACCUGAAUUUUUUAGUGCAGUUUGGGGUUCCAAAGAAUAACCCAGUGGUUCCAAAAUUAUCUCUGAAUGUGCUAAAAUUUGACAAUGGAUGCUGCCAUUUUGAAACUAGCUUUGCAAUCUGUCAACGCAUGUUAAAACCACAACAUCCUUUUUAAAAAGAUUGCCAUGAGAUUGAAAGAACAAAAUUUGUUAAGCAAGAUUCAAAAUGACAGAAACCAUACUCAAAUCUUAAGCCAAUUGAGGACAAUUUUUGAAAGGCAGGCUCACUCUUUAAAAUCUUAAAACUCCAUUUUUGCUUUCUAUAUUCAAUAUUCAAGUUAAAGGAGGGUGUGCAGAGUGUGUAGCCAUAUUGUUAUUCAUACUGGUUUUUACUGUUUGUAUUUUAUUUUAAGAGAUCAAAUGGCCUACCAACUUAAAAAAAGUAAUCAUGUGUGUAUGGGUUCAAACAAGGAUUAGAUGAACUGAUAGCCCAAGGGUAUGUUUCCAGACCUAAAAAGCUAGAUCAAAUUUUGAGAUUUCAGGACCAUGGUGAAAGUGUGUGUUCAUCAGGACUGGAGUUGGCAUGCAUGGGCAUUUGUGCUAGCAGGCCAGCUUCAUGGCAUUGGUUGCACAGGGACAUUGCCCCCUUAAAAAACAAAUAAUCUAGAGUUAUGACUUGAUUUUAGCUUAGCUUGCAAAAAGACCCACUACACCAAGUGUUUAAGUUCUUCAAGGAAUAGAGUGAACUGUGAUGUGCGAACAGUCAGGGCCACUCUCAACUUAGAAAUGAAAUUUUGGUGAAACAAGUUUUAGUUGUAAUUUCCUUUUUUUAGUUUCAAUUUUUUUAAGAAAGCCAGUUGUAGCUCUUUCAAUUUCAAAUUUGUAACUUACCAACAGACACCCAUAAAUUAAUUACAAGGUAAAGAAAAACUAGGGAAUUCUGAAGAAUGGUUCAUUUGCGUCUGUCAGAAGUUUGGUGUUCAUUAGACACACCCCUCUUCAAUCUGUUAAUUAUAGUUUAAUUUAUUCAUGUUAAUGUGUACAUUAAUUUUUUUUGUAACGAUAUUAACUCAUAUUCACUAUGUAUAGAUUUCCAACCCUUGUACAUAAGUUACAAAAUAGUUAGUGUUUUUAAGUUUGAGGAAAUUGUGAACAGAUUCAAAUUUGCCAUUGAGGGAGUUUUACGACGAAUUUGGUGUGAAGAAUUUAAAUGGUUCAAUUUAUUCAGGUGUAUUUCUCGAACUAUUUCAGAAAAAAUUCUAAAAAAUACUAAGGUUUUUUAUUUGGAUUCUCUAUCAUGUUCACUUUUGGGGAAUUUUUGUGAUAUUAUUAUAAAUGAAAGUCAUGAUUGCAGCUGCAAGCCCCCUACAGUUAUUGUUUUUUAGGAUAUUUGAACAGUUUGAAUCACCAGUGCUUCAUGUGUUUUUUCCUCGGGAAAACUUUUUGCAAUAAUUAGAUUAUUGUUUCAGAAUUACUGAAAAUGAUCUACCCUAGCCUUCCCUAGAUUUUUUUUCUUUUACCAUCAGUAUUACUAAUGAUUCUCAUCUACAAAAUUAUUAACAUUGUACAUUUACGUUAAAAUGUCCAGAAAAUGUUUAUUGUUUAAAGAAAAGUUAUACGUUUAUGAAUUCCAAAAUACCAUUCCAUUGAUAGUUUUUACCGCAUCAUGUCAUUGAUAAUGUUAUGAAGCAGAGGAGAAAAAAAAAAGGUAUUUUUGAAAGCGUAUCAUAUUUUUUCAUAUGUACUGUAAUUUUGAUACGUUUUUGGAAUUGCCAAGGAAGCUUUGUUGAAUCAGUUAACAGUAAAUAGAGGUCUUUAACCCUUCAACUCCCCCAAGUGUUUAAGACAGAAUUUCUCCUUACAAUAAUACUGCGAUAUCAAUCAGACAAGUGAGGAAAAUAAAAGAAAAUGUAAAUUAAGGAAUAAUUGGUUGAUCCAAUACCAAAUUCUUCAAACUAACAUGAUAAGAAUAUUGUGACACACAGUAAGGAGAAUUGGUAAUGAGAUUUUGGGAGUGAAAGGGUUUAAGAAGUGCUCUAGAGUUAUCUGUUGGUUUCUCGGGUCAUUCAUCAAAUUUACUUGGCUAUUCUUAAGUAAUGGUCAGCGUUGAUAACGUAAAAAUCACCAGGACCUUUGUAAAAUUGGUUCAGAAUUUAUGUAUUAUGGUUCAAGAUUAAAUAAAUCUAUUUAUGCGA